UCUUACAUAUAUGUAAUGAAAAAAAAAAGUAGCGAUAUCGGUAUCGGUAUCGGCCAACAUCAUGAGCGGAGCGCGUGGGCGGUGCAGUAAAGAGCGCUACAGUCUAGCGCUGCCUGUGACCCGCGUUGGCAGCACUGCCCGAAUGUAAACACACCUGACGCCCAACACAGCACAGACGGCGCCUCCCUCCCCUGCCCUGCCCUGCCAGUUGCCGUGGUGCUGGGGUGCUGUCGGGGAGCCGCGGCUGACAUUACUCAGGUUCUACAAUGGAGAUUGCUCGUUCUCUGUUUGGGCCACGUGCCCCUCAGGGGUACACAGAUGGCAGCACACAGGGGCAAGUGCACACAGCAGCUGAUGAUGAUGAAGACACAAAUGAUGUUUUUCUUCCUGACACUCCAGAAGGUUUGAGUACAGGUAUAAGAGCAUCUGGGGGGACAGGUUCAACAGAACCAAGUGUAGGAGGACCCUUUUCAGCCAUCACACCUUCCAUGUGGCCACAAGAUAUCCUUACUCGCCUCUCCCAACAGGUCACUCACCAGGAUCCCAACCACCAACCAGAUUACAGGUUUGAUGAAUUUGGAUUUCGGGUGGAGGAAGAAGAUGGACCCGAGCAGAACAGCACAAAACUUCUGAGUCAGCCCUUUGUGGAGGACCCUCAACACAGGUUACAUUGGAUAGCCUACCUUGAGUUCAGCCACAGUGAUGAAGUGGGAGAACUCACCUGGGACCAUGUUGAUGUUCGCCUCCCACGCACAGACAAGCUGAGAAGUAUGGUCAGGGGUGGCCUCCCUCAUUCCCUUCGCCCCCAGCUGUGGAUGAGGCUUUCAGGUGCCUUACAGAAGCAACGUCAGUCAGACAUCUCUUACCGUGAGGUGGUUAAGGCUUCAAGCAAUGAUGCGCUCAUGACAAGUAAGCAGAUAGAGAAGGACCUCCUACGCACAAUGCCCACCAAUGCUUGCUUCUCCCAACUCACCUCCACCGGCAUCCCACGGCUAAGGAGGGUCUUGCGGGCAUUGGCCUGGCUUUACCCCGACAUUGGGUAUUGCCAGGGGACAGGAAUGGUUGUGGCUUCAUUACUGCUAUUUCUUGAAGAGGAAGAUGCAUUCUGGGUAAUGAGCACUAUAGUUGAGGAUCUUUUACCUGCCUCUUACUACUCAUCAACUCUCCUUGGCGUUCAAGCUGACCAGCGUGUCCUAGCAGCCCUGGUGUCCACUUACCUGCCUGGAGUGGAUGCUGUGGUACGGGAACAUGACAUUGAACUCUCCCUCAUCACCCUGCACUGGUUUGUCACUAUCUUUGCCUCUGUCUUGCACAUGAAGAUCCUCUUGCGCGUGUGGGACAUGUUCUUCCUGGAUGGGUCAAUUGUGCUCUUCCAAGUUACCUUAGCCAUGCUGAAGAUUAAAGAAGCUGAACUGCGAAGUCUUGAAAAUUCAGCACAAAUCUUCAAUGCACUCUCGGACAUACCAGGAGGAAUCGAUGAUGUACCUUGCCUGUUCGCUGUGAUGGAAAAUGUGUGUGGCAGCUUAACAGAGGUAAUGGUAGAGACGCACAGGAGGCGGCACCUCGCCUAUCUUAUGGCUGAUCAUGGAGCCCUCAUCAACCCUGAUCACUCAACUAACUUACCCAAGCAGCAGUUGAAUCGUCGACAGGUAAACAAAAGCAAGUCAGUCCUUGAAGUACUAUUGUUCAGAAACGAUCAGAACGCAGAUGACCUGCGUAACAAGAAUAUUCGUCAAACAGAGUUACUAGUGGACCUCCGUGAAGCCAUCCUACAGGUUGGACGUCACUUCCAGGGAGUGGAGCCCAACUACACCAGCACUACGCUCACACCAGACUACACCAUUGAGUCCCAUUCCCGUGACCUCCCUACCUUCCUGGCCACUGCUCGGUCAAGGCAUCGGCGAGCCAAAGCCUUGCUUGAUUUUGAAAGGCAUGAUGAUGAUGAACUUGGCUUCCGCAAGAAUGAUAUCAUCACCAUUAUCUCUCAGAGGGAUGAACACUGCUGGAUUGGAGAACUAAAUGGACUUAGAGGUUGGUUCCCAGCCAAGUUUGUUGAAGUUCUGGAUGAGCGCAGCAAAGAAUACAGUCGUGCAGGUGAUGAUGCCAUCUCAGCCUCAGUGACGGACUUGGUGCGAGGAACACUUUGUCCUGCCAUUAAGGCCAUCCUCCAACAUGGCAUGAGGUCGACCUCCCUCCUUGGUGGUCCUUGCCAUCCCUGGCUUUUCAUUGAGGAGUCAGCAGCUCGAGAAGUAGAGAGAGACUUCUCUUCAGUGUACUCUCGCCUUGUCCUUUGCCGCACCUUCAGGCUUGAUGAGGAUGGUAAAGUUUUGACUCCAGAAGAACUGCUGUAUCGGUGUGUUCAGGCAGUCAACAUGAGUCAUGAUGCUGUGCAUGCUCAGAUGGAUGUUAAACUGCGCUCCCUUAUAUGUUUAGGCCUUAAUGAGCAGGUGCUGCACCUGUGGCUGGAAGUUCUGUGUUCCAGUGUGGAGGUGGUUGAAAGAUGGUACCUCCCUUCCUCCUUUCUCUGCUCUCCAGGCUGGGUCCAGAUCAAGUGUGAGUUGAGGGUGUUGGCACAGUUUCCGUUCACUCUUAAUCCAGACUGGGAGUUGCCCCCUCCCCCAAAUCAAGACCAGCGACCGCUACGAGAAGGGGUCAGAGACAUGCUUGUCAAGCACCACUUAUUCUCCUGGGACCUGUAAGGGUAUUCAGAGGUGUCAUAAUGAACAGACUUGGGAGGUAUAUACUAGGUAGAAAGACACAUGCUAAUAUAUGAAAGCAUUUGUUCUUAGAGGGAGAGAUUUUCAGGUAGUAGGUAGGAUGAAGAAGGAGGGAGGGAGAGAUAGAAAUGGGGAAAUGAGGAAGGCAAGGAAGUUGAAAUAGAUACAGACAUGUAAAAUAUGUUCAAUCUUAUAGAGAAAGUAAUAUUCUGUGAAAUAAAGAUGGUAAAGGGGAAGGGAAAAUGCUAUACGUAAAUACAAAUUCAAAAAAUGAAAUACAGAGUUGAAGAUUUGUCUCAGCAUAAAGGAAUUAAUAACAGUGAAUUAAAAUUACUGUUGAAUGCUCUUUUAUAAAGAGAAGCAAAGGUAAUUUGAAUUGUGUAACAUGUUUUUAACCCUUAAGAUGUGCUAAGAUGUGCUGUGUACUAUUACCCAAGGAAAUCAGUCCCUCCAUAUCUAACAUUGGUGUUGUAACCACCUGAGUCCAUUGUGUUAUAUAUAUAAGACCAUGUGUGAAUUUGUGAAUCUGGUAGUAACCUGUUGGCUUUUCUAUCAAGGUAGCAGGUCUGUGUUGAUUACUUGAAAGAUUAAACCCAUGGAAUGUUCUAUGGAACCUCCACUGAGUUGGACUCUGUGUAAGGGUUUCAGGGCUACACUGAUUAGUUGAUAGAAAAAUUUCUGUGAUUUUAUGACACCAUGGUACUAUGGUACAUGAAUUUGUAGUGUUUGUAGGUAGACUUUCUAGUCAUGAUUUUUUAUAGAUCUGAUAAAUUUAGGGGAAAAUAGGAAUGUGUGAACCUGAAAAAUGAGGUAAUCACUUUAUUGUGUAACCUGCGUAAGCAGCUGCAGUUUUAAUUCCUUUCAUAGAAUUUCAUGUAGAGUUAUCUGAUUCAGUGAAGAGGUAGAGGUGUAGUGUUAGGUUAGUAAAAUCAUAUAAUGCUGCUUCCUCAGGUCAGACUCCUAGAGAAUUAAACACACCUUCUCUGAGUAUUUAGCAUGUGUAGUGGUCAUGAAAGGCAUGGUAGUUAUUUAUUCUUAGUAGGAAGAAACUUCAUUAUAUUGUAGUUCAAAUUACUUUACUGAUACAAAAUGCAGAUGUUAUUAUCUUAAAUGUUUAUUUGUUGUAUGCUGAGUAUUUUUCUCAAAUGGUGUUUAUUUUUGUAUUUAUAAUAGUUCAGAAAGUUUCCUGAAAACUGCUUAGCUGUAUUUUUAAUUCUAAAUGUGCGCAUCAUUGAAUUUGCUAUUGUCACACACACUCAUAUCCAAAAAGGAAUGUAAAUGUCUUCAUGAAUUCACCAUUGCUUGUGGUGCUCACUCUCACAUCACAGAAGCCUCAUAGAUGGCCAGGUUGUACAACAAAAGCACAUCACCUUUGCUGCAUGUAUUAGCAUGAAACACCGGACAAAAUGAUCAAAGUAUUGUGUAACCAGGGAAGUUUAACCCCUUCACUCCGGCGACGCUGACGGGCAUCCGUUGGCGUCACCGUAUGGAAAGGGUUAGUCCUCUUCUAAACCUCUUAAUCCUCUUCCUUUUCCUCUUAAUACUCUUCUAAACCUCUUAAGAGGAAAUGGAAGGGGAUUAAGAGGAAUUUAGAGGAGGAUUGAGAGGUUUAGAAGAGGAUUAAUCCUCUUCCAUUUCUUCUUGACCCUUUCCAUACUGUGAUGCCAACGUCUACGUCACAGAUGGAAAGGGUUAAGUCUUGUUUUUAUAAAUAUUUUUCUUUGUUGAUCCUGGAAUGUAAACUAAGUGAUUUGACUGUACAUCAUUUAUUUAUCUACUGUAAUGAUGUGUAUGGGAAGUUGGCCGUGAUUGGUGUACAGCUACUACCCCCUCUUGUAGUAAGGAGUAACUGCAUCAUUACCUUCUUGGUGAAAAUUCAGAUGCAGGUGAUAUGGCAAGAUAAUGACUGGAUAGUGCAGGAAACUGCCUGUUAGAGGCAGUGCCAUCUCUGAUGUAAUGGUUCUGUGAGGUUCAUCGUUGGUCUGUCAACUGAAGAUGUUGAAACUCCAAGAAAAUUUCCAUCAUCAUGCUUUUAAAUGCUUGCAGUAGUAUUGCAUUGGUCAUCACCAUAAGCCAGCUGACUGUCCACACAAUGCUUCCUGACUGAUGCCUGUGCCAGAAAUGGCAGUUCAUGACAGGGGAAUUAGAAAGAAGUAGAAAGUGCCCCAGGGAUUACUAGGGGAUAUAUUUGUGUAAAUGAUUUCAUAUACUUGUGCUUCUAUAAGAAAAAAAACUUACAUGGGUGUAUAAUAUUUUUGUGACGUUUGUCUAAUCUAGAGAAAAAGUGUUAGUUUCCCACCACCUUGAAUAUGUAGUGACCCAUUGCAUUUUCACCAUUCGUCUUACAGAACUGAAACAUGCAUUGUUUAGAACAGUAUUAUAUAGGUAUGUUGCACUUUCUUUAUGUUUUGGGGGCAUUCAUAGCUACCUAGACCUAUCAUGUAAUGUAUAUGAUUCACAUAAAGUGAUUUUAAAG